ACUCAGUCUGGAACGAGCCGUCGUGUCGCACGUUUGUUGAAGAAUUUUGUAAUUGUUUAUAACAUAAUAUCUUGCGUGUAAAUAACUUUUGUUGUUGAAAUUGGAAAGAAAAACUUCCUUUUGAUGAAAAUAAGUUUUAAAGACAAUAAUGACUAUGGAGAUAACACUCAUGCCUCUUUGUUAAAAAGAAAACAAAUUACGCUUCACUUUAUUUGUAAAAAUACUAAACAAUAUAACAUUGAAAUCUUUGAUUUUUUUCAUUAAAAAAAUUUAAGGUCACUUUAGUAACUCAAAUUGUAUACACAUAACCAAGCGUGCGUGAGGUUGAUUAAAUAUUUUUUAGUGGGUUUUAAAAUAAAUUUAAAAAAAAAAUCACGACGAUAUAUUUAAUUUUGUGUGGUAGAUUUCGCAAUGACUUCCCACGCAUAUUAUAAAGAACGUUUGGGCUUCGAUCCCAACGACAUAAGCAAUGAGCCGUCAGUUACGUCAUCGCCGCAGGUGCGGAAAAACUCGAAACACCAUCACCCAGACAACCCACACAACCAAAACUACGCCAGCUCACAAAAACAUGGUCGGCAAAAUGUUGCUUAUUACUCACAGCAUGCAGUUCAAAUACCUGUUUUGCAAGAAAAGGCAAGAAUCGGUGAUAUUGAUUUCAAUGUGGAAACUAGUCCAGCAAAAAAAGCCAAGCAUUCCUUAGUGCCCUCUCAGCAAUCGUUGCCUGUGGGUGGCUAUGAAGAUGCUUUGACACAAUUUAAAGAUGAGCGAGAUGCUAUUCAGAAGAAGACAUUUACAAAAUGGGUUAACAAACAUCUCAAAAAGAAAUACACAAUGUUACAUAUGUGUGUUUUCACUAAUGGAUAUCCAUGUUGUCCGCCUUCAGCUAAAAGACAAGUGGAUGAUCUAUUUGAAGAUCUACGAGAUGGCCACAAUUUGCUAACGCUUCUGGAAGUUUUAUCGAACGAACACCUGCCACGUGAAAAAGGAAAAAUGCGUUUCCAUAUGUUACAAAACGCCCAAAUGGCACUUGACUUUCUUCGUUACAAAAAAAUUAAAUUAGUUAACAUUCGAGCUGAAGAUAUUGUUGAUGGCAAUCCGAAAUUGACCCUCGGCCUCAUUUGGACUAUCAUCUUGCAUUUCCAAAUUUCGGAUAUUGUUGUUGGAAAAGAUGAUAAUGUUUCUGCACGGGAGGCUUUGUUACGUUGGGCUCGUCGCUCGACUCUACGAUAUCCGGGAGUGCGGGUGAACGACUUCACCUCAUCCUGGCGAGAUGGCUUGGCAUUUUCCGCUUUGGUUCAUCGGAAUAGACCAGAUUUGCUUGAUUGGCGGAAAGCAAGGACAGAUCGCCCACGUGAGCGUCUGGAACAAGCGUUUCAUAUUGUGGAAAAAGAGUAUGGAGUUACUCGCCUUUUGGACCCGGAAGAUGUCGAUACAAAUGAACCUGAUGAAAAAUCUCUAAUUACUUAUAUAUCUUCCUUGUACGAUGUGUUUCCGGAACCGCCUUCGAUUCAUCCCUUGUUUGAUAUGGAAUCACAACGACGUGUACACGAGUAUCGUGAUCUCGCCCAUCAAUUUAUUUAUUGGUGUCGUGAGAAAACCGCUUAUUUACAAGAAAGAUCUAUUCCCCCCACAGUGAUUGAAAUUAAGCGACUAUUAAACGAUUUACAUUGUUUCCGCAAUGAAGAGGUGUUGGCGCGUAAGAAUGAAAAACAAAAGCUUAUACAAAUAUAUAACGAAUUAGAGCGCUACUUUGAAAGCAUAGGGGAGAUUGAUGUUGAAGCUGAUCUUCGCCCUGAAGCUAUAGAAAAAGCAUGGUAUCGUAUGCAAUCAGCGCUAUCUGAUCGUGAAAUUAUAUUACAACAGGAACUUGAACGAUUAGAGCGCCUACAGCGACUUGCGGACAAAGUGCAAAGAGAAAUUAAACACAGUGACAUUAAAAUAACAGAUUUGGAGACACUUAUAAAUGAAGAAUCUCGACGUAUUGAACGCUUACAUCCAAUUGAUGCUAAAAAUGUUGUCGAAUCUUUAGAAACAGAAAUACGCCAUUUGGAAGAACCCUUACAGAAUAUGCAUCAAGAUUGUCUGGUGCUUAAUGAAGGUCGCUACCCCCAUGGUGCUGAGCUACUUAAUAAAGUAAAUAAAUUAAACGAACGAUGGACGAAUCUCCGGACUCUUUUCAACUCAAGUUUGGUACAAAAGCUUACCGGAUUGAAAUAUCCAGUUCAUGAGACUACUGUAACAAGGCAAACCCGCACGAUAAUUGAAUCACGACAAAUUGAAACCAAUUCACAUUUCCGUGAUUUACAGGAUCAUAUAGAAUGGUGCCAAUUUAAAUUGAAACAACUGCAUGCAGCAGAUUAUGGUUCAGAUCUACCGUCUGUUAAAGACGAAUUUAGAAGUCAACAAGAGGAUCAUAAAGUAAUCGACCAAUUCCAUUCUGACAUUUUGAACGAUGAGCGCCAGCAGUCCAAAUUUUCUGGAGAUGAAUUGAGACUGUACCAGCAACGACUUAAUCAUCUACAAAAAUUAUAUGCUGAACUUCUAAGCACUUCUACAAAACGACUUUCAGAUCUUGAUUCUCUUCAAAAUUUCUUAGCCGAAGCUUCGGCUGAAUUACAAUGGCUUAAUGAAAAAGAACUUGUGGAAAUUACUAGAGAUUGGACCGACAAGCACAUGGACUUAACUUCGGUACAUCGUUAUUAUGAGAACUUAAUGACGGAAUUGGAAAAACGCGAAAUACAAUUUGCUACUAUACUUGAUCGAGGGGAAUCACUUCUUAACCAACAGCAUCCUGCUUCCAAAUGUAUCGAGGCACACUUAACUGUUUUGCAACAGCAGUGGGCAUGGCUUCUACAAUUGACCUUAUGUCUAGAGGUUCACCUUAAACAUGCCACCGAAUAUCAUCAAUUUUUCACGGAAAUAAAAGACGCUGAACAGUGGCUUAUUAAACGUGAUGACAUUCUUAAUAGUAAAUACUCUCAGUCGGACUUUAGUUUGGAUCAAGGUGAAAAUCUCUUACGUGGAAUGCAGGAUUUGCGAGAAGAGUUAAAUACAUUUGGUGAAACUGUAUCCAAUCUCCAGCAGCGUGCGUUGCUCAUUAUUCCGCUAAGCAAACGACGUCAACCAGUGAACAAUCCAUAUACAAUUCAAGCAAUUUGCGCAUACAAACAGCCAGGUCACAUUCAAAUAGAAAAAGGAGAAAAAUGUUUACUCUUGGAUAAUUCUGGACGUGUUAAAUGGAGAAUACGAUCAUCCACUGGUCAGGAAGCCUCUAUUCCAAGUGCCUGUUUGCUAAUACCGCCGCCAGACCAAGAAGCGGUUGAGGCCGCUGAGCGAUUAAAACGAUUAUUUGAUCGCACAGUCAAUUUAUGGCAAAAAAAGCAUUUGAGACUUCGUCAAAACAUGAUUUUUGCUACCAUACGUGUUGUAAAAAGCUGGGACUUUGAUCAAUUUUUGGCAAUGGGCUCUGAUCAGCGAUCCGCAAUACGCAGGGCGUUAAAUGAAGAUGCGGAAAAGCUGCUUAGUGAAGGUGAUUCAAAUGAUCCGCAGCUAAGACGUCUGAGACGCGAAAUGGAUGAAGUAAACCGUUUAUUUGAUGAAUUUGAAAAGCGUGCCAAUGCAGAAGAGGAAAGCAAACAAGCAAGUCGACUUUUCACAGAAGAAUGUAUAAAUAUUAAAUCAAAGUUGGAAGAUAUGGCUCGCGAAUUAGAUCAAAUAAUAUUAGCACCUUUACCACGUGAUUUAGAUUCCUUAGAGCAUGUGCAGGAUAUUCACAAGGAUUAUGAGCGUCGUCUAAAACAACUCGAUCCCGAAAUACAACAUCUUCAAAAUACCUUUAGAAAUAUUCCACUCAAAACGCCUGCUCUGAAAAAGAGUCUCGAUAAUUUGCUUGAACUUUGGAAUGAAUUACAUACGCAAAGUGAUUUACAUAAGGACCGCUUGAAGUUGUUAGAGAUAUCUCUUGUAGGAGUAGAGGAGAAUGAAAACUUAAUUUCGGAUAUUGAAAGCAAAUUGGCAGCUCAAUCUGUUUUACCAUCUUCCGCUGAAGGACUUCAAAGAUUUUAUAAUCAGUUGACAGAUAUUCAAGAACAAAUUACACAACAUCAGCCACAAAUCGAUAAAAUGAACGAUGCAGCCGACCAAUUAGGUCGAAUGGGUGUUCCAACAAAAGUUUUGGUCGAUUUAAAGAGUCUUCAUACCAAUAUUGGCAGGUUAAAUACACGAUGGGUUACCAUUUGUAAUACAAUAGCUGAGAGGAUGCGCUCAUGCGAAGCAGCAAUCGGAUUAUUGAAAAAUCUUCAAUCAAGCAUUCAAGUUGAAGAAUCUUGGGUAGAUGGCCAAACGGAGAAAUUAUCAGCCCUACCGACAGCGACUUCAGCAUAUGAAUUAGAUAAAUUAUUGGAAGCUGCUAAAGAACGGAAACCCAAAAUCGAAAAUCUGAACGUGGCUGGAGGACGUGUAAUACGCGAAGCGAAGAUAUAUGAUGGUAAAUGUAAAGGAUUCCUGGAUUGGAUAUUAGAAGUAUGUCCUUCAUUUUUGCCACCUCGCAGCGAUAGUCUACCAAAGGAAAGUGAUCCUGGCGCUGCAGAAUACUACCGCCUUUCUUUGGCUACAUUAAAUGCAAAGUAUAACCGGUUAUUGGAAUUACUUACUCAGCGCUUAAGAACGGCAGUAGAAGUAAAUGACAUCAACAAUUUGCAAUAUGCUGAAAGUAUUCAGACCCCUCUUAAAACAUUUAGAGCUGAUGUUGCACAAAGAGCUGUUUCGGACGAAGAUCAGUACAAUUCAAUAUUUGAUAAAACUGAUCUUAGUGAAAUACGAUCCUCAUCGAAAACAACUCCGAUUGCCAGAAGAACCGAGACCAGUGGCUUCAAAAGAAAAACAACCAGCAUAACGGUGGGUGAAAAUGUGUUAUCUAAUGACAGUGUUCUGGAUAUUGCCGGCAUACGUGAUCCACGAACAGCGGAGAAUAUUACAAUCAGACAAGCUAUUAAUUUGCGAAUUUUGGACGUACGUUCAGGUUCAAUAAUAUUAGAUGGUAAACAUAUUCCGUUGGAAGCAGCAGCGGAACAAGGAUUGAUCGACACAGAAUUGUCUCAGUAUUUGCUAAAACCUGGCGCAAUUAAAAAUUCUAAAGGACGAGAAUUAUCGUUAUUGGAAAUAAUACAGAGUGAGAUAAAUGAAGCAGAAUCAGGACUUGGAUCUUCCGAAAUGCGUUUUCACAACACUUCUAAUGAAGAGAAAAGCAUAACAAAUUCCCAGACAAUUGUCGAGACUUUAUCUAUAAAUAGUGUUGGUAUCGAACCAAAAAAGUCUUUAAGUUUGGCUGAGGCAUACAAUCAAGGAUAUAUGAUAAAGCAUGAGUCAGUAACAAUCAAAUCAAGUGCAUUAUGCUUGAGUGAUGCUAUUGCUCACGGUCUCGUAGAUGCAGCAGGCUGGAUAUCAGAUCGUAAUUCUGGUGAAAAAUUCAAACUCGACCUCGCCGUAGCUAAUCAAUUAAUUGAUCCCAAUAUCGUUGAAGUGGUUGAUGCAAAGAAUGAUAUUAAAAUUACGGUACAGGAAGCUCUUAAACUUGGUAUUCUAAAUUCUAAAACUGGACGUUAUUUAAAUGAAGCUACAAAAGAAAAGUUAACAUUUACAGAGGCUAAGACUCGAAAGCUCAUCGUUAAGCCUUACACAUUGAAAGAUGUGGUUGAUUUUAAUUUGCUAGAUAAUAACGAGAAAAUGUAUAGCCCAAUGCGUCGAAGUAAAUUAGGUCUAAUGGAAGCAAUUAGAUUUGGGGUGUUAGAUUACAAUAAUUUAAAAUGCAUUAGUAAAGUAAAGGGAGAAUUAAUUACGUUGGAGGAGGCAAUAAACGUUGGUAUUAUACUACCGAUGGAAUUUAAGUACAGGGAUUAUAUGACCGGUGAGGUCAUAAGUAUACCAGAGGCAGUAGAGCGUGGUCUUAUAAGUUCGGUGUCACAAAAAUCCAUAUUUAAUAUAGAUGGUUUUAAAGAUUUAAGAAGCAAUGAUUUUGUUAGCUUUAAUAUGGCCUUAUCUCGUGAUAUUUUAUGUAAAAAAGGGCCAAGUUUUGCGUUGGAAGUUAGUAAAAACGAGUAUGUACCUUUAGACGUGGCGGUGAGGAGAAAUAUGGUGCGGCAAGAAGUUUACGAAAUGUUUACUAAAUGCAUCGGGGUGCAUGACGCGAGAGGUAAUGAAUUAACUGUUAUUGAUUUAUGUUAUCAUAAUUUAAUAGAUCAUAAAACCGGAUACUUACUAGAUCCAAAGACUGGAAAAAAUGUGCCUCUUGAUUUAGCUAUUGAAAAGAAAUUUAUUUCACCAGAAGGUGCUUUAUUUCUAAGUAGCUUAUUAAAUAUAACGCUGACAACUGAAACUGUUACGCGUACAGUUAAUCGGUAUGUUUCAAUACAAACUACUAGUCAGGAAACUCAAGAAAGAAUUUUAUCAUUUGCCGAUGCUGUUAGCCAAGGUUUAAUUGAUGAAGACCGACAAUUGUAUCAAGACCGUAAGACUGGUAAUGUUUAUUCAGUACAACAAGCACUGUCUUAUGGACUUCUAAUCCCUGAUGUAAAUGGUGAGCUAACAAGAGAGAAAACUUCUAUAAACGUUAGCAAUGUAUCUGAGAGUGAUAAAUUAUUACAAUCAGGAAUUUACCAAAAAGAAAAAUUAAAUGACUCCAGAAAUACCAAAAAAAUUGAUUACAAACGUUUUGAUGCUGAACCUUCCUCUGAAAGCAAAACAAUUUUAAAAGACACAAAAACUGUAAAUGUUCCUACCAAUAUAACUAUAACUCAAAAAAUUUCAAAUGUCGAAAAUAUAUCGCCCAACUUCAAUCAAAUGGAGGAAGCUUUGCGCGAAGAAGAAUGCCCCGAUCCAUUACAAAUUUCCCCAGGAAUAAUGUUUGACCCUUCAACAAUGUUAGUGAUUUUUACAGAAACGGGUCAAUCACAAAAUCUGUUUGAGGCGGCAUUGGAAGACAAAUUGAAUGAAAAUUUAGUACGUAUAUUUGAUACUUUUACAAAUGAAGAUGUUCCUGUUAAAGAAGCAAUCAGUCGUAGAGUUUUUGAUCCUGUAAAAGGCUUGAUUUUGACAAAAUGUGGAGAAUCUAAAACUAUUAUGGAAGCUAUGAAAAUUGGUUUAAUAAAAGUUUCUGGUUCCCCACUUGUCCCAGUAGAAGAUGCUUUACAAACACUUCGAUUUACUACUGAUCCGCGAACUGGCGAAAUAAUUCCCGUUGAAGUAGCCUACGAACGAGGCAUUGUGCUAAGUGAGGCGAACAGUAUUUCGGUGCCAUUGCAAAAAAUGCGAAAAAUUAUCUUAAAACCCAUUGAUGCUCUACAAAAAGGAAUUAUUGACGAUGAUACCAAAAAUAUUCUCGAAAGUGUGUCCAAACAAAAGAAUUUAACGAUAAGACGAGCAUUAGAGAUGGGUCUUAUUGAUGGGCAAAUGGGCAAUAUUUUAGACACACAGAGAAAUCGAAGGUUAAAUAUAAAUCAAGCUGUUGAAGCAGAAGUUAUUGACCCAGAAACAAGUAAUCAUAUACUAGUACCACUGGCCAAAAGUUUGUCAAUACCGAAACUCCAAGCACAAGGUCUGAUUGAUAAUGAUUCACAAAAAAUAAUACAUCCUGAGAAUGGUUACCUACUUAGUAUUAAUGAAGCUAUUAUUUGCGAUGUACUUGAUCCGCUUUCAGUGAUUAUGAAACCAAAGAAGUGUACACUUCAAGAAGCAUUAAAAAUUGGCUUAGUUGAUGGCAUGGACUCAAUUUUUAAAUUAGACAAUAAAACUUCCAAUCUAACCGAAGCUGUUAAAGAAGAAUUCUUUGAUUUAAACUAUGAAAAUUAUUCUUCUACAACGUUGCCACCCAUAGCAAUGACAUUCCCUGUUGCUGUUGAGCGAAAGCUUUUAGUUUCAAAUAAAAAUGAAAUAAAACAUCCACAUACAGGACAAAAAAUGACAGUCAAAGAAGCUAUAGAAAACCAUCUUAUCAUGUGUAUUCCCUACCCUCCCAGGGUAGAUGCUGUUCUAAUAGACGACGCUUUGUCUGACGGCCUAAUUGAUAUUGAAAACCAAACUGUAAAAUAUUUAAAAACUGGCGAGCAGCUACCAAUACGUCUCGCCUUAGAAGAAGGCUAUUUGUUAUUAAAGCCGCUAAGUGAUUUCGUUAUGACCCAAAAACCUUUGUCCAGUAGUAGAACUAUGGAAACAAUGAAAUCUCUUCAUACUGUUACCACAAAAACCAUUGAAUUGAUGCAAGGGUAUAUUCUAGUUUCAAACAAUGAAGUCAGGAAUAUUCAAACUGGUGAAAUAUGCACAGUGGGCGAAGCAAAGGAGUUAGGUAUUUUGACCGAGAAAUUAAAAGUAGAUGAAGAUUAUACAGGUUAUUCAAAGCAAAGUAAUUGGGAUGAUGCAGAUUCGGAAUGUUUUGCAAACGAUAAUGUUAUAGUUGAAGAUAAACCGGAUAAUAAUCAAAAAUUAGAUUCAGUACGGAAUACAGAAGAAAUUGUACAUGACAUUGAAAAAUUCGUCAUGGAAGAAUCCGAUAAAUCGACAAAUGAAAAUCCUGCCAAUAGCAAUGACAGACGGAAUAUCACACUUUGCUUGAAUGAUAAGCAAAGCUUAGAUACUGAACUCGAUUACGAUGAAAAUGUUACUACAGACACAUCCGAUGAUUUCUUAACAUAUACAAUUGAGGAUGCCAUUUCAAGAAAAAUAAUUAAUCCUAUAGAUUGCAGAGCCAUUAUAAAUGGCGAAAAACUCUCGGAUAAUGUAGAAAAGUUGUUAGAAAAUGAAACACUCUCUCUCCAAGAUGAAGUUGAAGUUCACAGUGAGAGUUUAGUGGUUUUAAAAACGACUUCGUACCUUUUAAGUUAUCCCUAUUUAUUAACGGCACAAAAAUUGAGUGAAGUCAAUGCAUAUGAUUUAGAAAAUGAAUAUUUCAUAGACCCCACAACAAGUCGAAAAAUUUCCUUCCAAGACUUAGUAUUGUAUCAUAGAGUAUUUAAUCCUGAAUCUAUAUUAGUAAAAAAUUUUACUACUGGUGAAUAUGAGACUUUACUAGAUGCAUUAGAACGCCCCCUGUUAAAUCGUCAUAAUGGCCAUAUGGUAGACCCAAAAACUGGAAGAAAGGUUCCAUUUUUCGAGUGUAUUAACCGUAAAUGGAUUAUUUAUACCGAUCCAGGAAUGAAAUCAAAAUCAUCUAAUAUUGAAAACGUCAUUGAUCCAGAAAGUGGUAAAAUAUUGUUAGGCGAUGGUACACUUUGCUCCAUCACUGAUGCUAUUAAUAAUGGAGUCAUUGAUAUUCAUUCCCUGUCGGUACGAGAUCCGGUAAGUGGUGAAAUUAUUCCACUGCGUAUGGCAAUUGAGUUGGGAGUAGUAAAUAUGCAAACAGGAACAAUGAUAGAUAUUCAGACAUUGCAUGAAGUAUCAUUAGAGAAAGCAUUUAAAUUAGGCUUUCUUGUAGCUGGUGCACGCAAGCCGAUUUCUCUUGAAGCGGCUAUACGUAAGGGGCUAUAUAAUCAGGAAACGGGAAAACUGUAUGAUUCAAAAUCGCAGAAUCAAGUCGAUAUUCAGCGUUCCAUAGAAAUUGGUUUAGUGGAUCCUAAAAUAUCUCUUAUAGUAGACUCUUUGGAAAAUAAGGAGCUAAAUUUGCAUUGUGCUAUUGAAGAUGAGCUAGUUGUACCUGAGAGCGGACAAGUGAAAGAUACCAAAUCAAAUACGUUUAUGCCUUUUGACGUAGGAAUGGAAAAAAAUUUAGUAAAAACCGAUAAAAUCACUUGGAGUUUAACCGAAUUACUUCAACGCGAAUACUAUUCACCCAAUACCGGAAAAGUUUUGAAUCCAAUAACUGGAAAUGAAAUGCUUUUACAUCGAGCUAUCGAGUUAGGCUUCGUUGAAUUAGAAACUUCUUUAAUUAAAAAUGACGAAAAGGGAACCAUUGUAUCCGGUAAAAUAGCUGCUAAAGAGGGUAUCCUUGAUACCGUUAAAGGCGUGUUAAGAUAUCCGCUUCUAACACUUGACGAAGCCUUUGUUAAAGGCUACUUGAUUAGCACAAAGAAACCAUUAUCUUUGGUGGACUGCCUUAUACGAGAUAUGUUUGACCCCACAACAUCCACCCUACAAAUCGAUGAUAAGCCUUUCACUUUAAAAGAAGCAAUAGCACUGAAAUAUAUAAAUCCAGAUGAAUUAAUUAUAUUGGAUCCAAGAACCGAUUCUGUUUUAAGUAUAACAGAGGCGAUUGCUAAAGGACUACUAGAUCCCGUUGGUGGGUAUAUUAUCGAUCCAUAUACAUCGGUAAAAAUGUCAUUGAUUGAGGCUUUAGAUUAUAGAGUAUUAGUUCCAUCAAAGCGUAAGAGAAGUUUGCCUGAUGCAGUAUAUCAUGGUCUAUAUGAUCCAAAAUCAGGCAAAUUUAGUAACUCAAUUACAAGAGAAAAACUCUCAACUGAAGCUGCUAUUCGCAGGGGAAUUAUAGAUCCUUACUCGACUAUUGUCAAAUUUGCUGAUGAAACGUUUCCUUUUAUGGAAGCGAUAGAUGCUGGCAUAGUCGACUCCAAAAAGGGUACAAUUAAAAUCGAUCAAGCUGAAACCGAUUUUAAAGAAGCAUUUGAGAAUGGAAUUCUAGUUGAGGUUAAAACACCAAUUUCCUUAGGUAAAGCUAUUAGCAAAAGCAUUUAUAACGAACACGAUUGUACUAUAACCGAUCCGAAAACUGGCAAAAGAAUCUCAUUAGUCGAAGGAAUUAAUUCGCGUUUGAUUGACAUUAACAAUUUAGAGUUAAAAGAUUUUGAGACUGGACUUUACACAAACAUUGACUUAAUGAAAGCCAAGGCGACAGACGUAAUUGAUUGGGAACGAGGUCUUGUGGCAUACAACAAUAAAAGAGUUAAUAUUAAACAUGCUUUUGAAAUAGGAAUACUAAAAGACACUCAAGCACCAAUAAGUAUUCAAAAGGCUUUACAACAAGGUGUAUUUGAUGAGAGUGCAGGAAAGGUAAUUGACCCCAAAACAGGUAGAAAAAUAACAUUAUUAGAAGCAAUUCGGGACUUAGUUAUAGAUGCCCAAUUACCUUGCUAUUUCGAUGAAGAAAAUGAAAAAAUGUACAAUUUAAAUGAGACAUGUAGAUUAGGAGUUAUAAAUAAGCGAGAUGGUGUUUUCAAAGGCCUUCAUAGCAAUAAAUGUAUUUCUUUAAAGACGGCACUAAAUAUGGGUCUCAUUGUUGAUAUAGAGAGCGCAAAAUUCGGGUUAUAUGAGAUACUGGGUAUGGGAUUUUACGAUAAGGUAGAAAAUAAAAUUUUACAUCCCAUCACUGGCAAUAAACUAAGCUUAAGAGAAGCAUGCUCUGAUAAUAUCGUGAGCGUAACUAAUAGUUUGAUAAAAGAUUGUCAAAACGAAGAAUACAUGCAGUUAUCUGAUGCCUUUACAAAAGAAAUUAUUAAUGAAAACGGUUAUUACAAUUUAAAUGGGAAGUUGAUAAACUUACAAAAUGCGCGGGAGCGUGGCUUAAUUAUUACAACUCGACGACCUCUAGGUCUUAAAACAACAAUUAGUAUGAAAUUGUAUAAUCCUGAGAGCGGCACAUUUUAUGACCCAACUACUAAUAAAUGCUAUAAUUUAUAUGACGCUAUACAUAAUGGUUUCAUAAACCCAAAAACUACUAUAUACAAAAGUGAAAUGUGUAAUAGUGAUUUAAUUGAAGCUAUUGAUAAUGGGUAUAUAGACAUUAGCAAAGGACAUGUUACAGAUGCUAAAACUCGUGAGUUACUCAAUUAUGAAACAGCCUUUAGUAAAGGUAUUUUAGUGCCAGUUUCGAAACUUUUUGGGGAAAUCUCCGUAAAACAGGUUUUAUUAGAAAGAUCUUCCCCGAAAAAUGUUACCAUCAAACCUCAAGAAAUGUCUUUGGAUGAAGCUAUACGUUCUAAUAUCCUUGACCCUAGUACUGCUUUUAUACGGCAGUCAAAUUCUUCUAAACUUAUUCCGUUUUCUAUAGCUCAACAAAAUAAUUUAAUUGAUUUAAACAAACAAACUUCAAUCGAUCCGAAAUCUUUAUUCUUUGCAAUCGAGCCUUCAACUAUUGUAUAUUUGCGCGAGCCCAUUACGUUUGAUCAGGCGGUCGAAAGUAAAAGUCUUGAUUUGGAAACUGGAUUAAUAACUUUUAAAACGAACGAACAUGACAUAAUAAAUUAUGGUAACCAUGGCUCUGAACCUCAAUCUCAAGCCUAUGAGAAUGUCAAGAUUUAUUCGUUGAAAGAUGCUAUCACUGCCGGUAUAAUUGAUCCUUAUUCAGCACUAAUUAAGGAUGAAGCUAAAAUGAAAUUAGUUGGAUUAUCUGAAGCUUUCCGGAAAGGUCUAAUAGAUGCAAAUAAAGCUAACGUGCUGAACACAAAGACGUCCAAACUAUGUACACUGCAAAAUGCAUAUGAAUCUGGUUUGCUUAUUACACCAAAACGAUCCUUUGGUUUAAUAGAAGCAAUACAAUUCAACUUAUACAAUACUGAAAGUGGCAGUUUAUUCGACCCAUUCCAAACAACUAACAAUUCAGAACCAGGCAAUCAGUCAACACUAUUAGAAGCCAUUUCAUGCGGCCUGCUAGAUCCUUCGUCGACAGUGGUGCGUGGCUCCGUUACCGAUGAAAUCGUUUCCUUAACAUCAGCUAUUAACAGUGGUCUCAUCGAUGGAAUUAACGGUCGUUUAGUAAAUCAUGGGAACAAUAAAAAUAAUAUUGAUUUAUCGAAAGCAGUUCAAAUGGGCCUCAUAUUACCUGCCGAACAGCGACAAGCCGUUUUUGAAAAAUUCAACAUAUGUGAGGAAAGUGUAAACGAAUUACUUAAGUGGGUCAGCACAAUUGAACACAGAAUUGCAAAUGUGGGCGGUCCGAAAGAAAAAGUUGAUGAUAUCCGCAACCAAACAAAUACUUUAAGACAAAUAAAAGAGGAAAUUGAAGGACAACAACGACCAGUUUCGUCUUGUUUAGAACAAAUACGUCAAAUUGUUUUAACCGGAGCUGAUGUUCUUUCGACACCGGAAGUAGCAACAUUGGAAAAUGCUGGAAGAGAAUUGCGUACACGAGUUGAACGUGUCGCUGAUCGUGUUACACGUUUAUUACGACGUCUUGAAGCUAUUCGUGAUGAGCUUAAUAAAAUAUGUGGCGAGUUAAGUAUUUUCUUCAAUUGGUUACAAGAAGCCAGACAUCGUCUUGAAGACAAGGAACAAUCAUUGGCUGACUUAAAACAUUUAACAAUAAAUAGUGAUUCUAUACGUGAAUUCGUAUGCGACGUUAUAGGACACCAAGCUGAUCUUCGAUUUAUAACAAUGUCAGCACAGCGUUUCGUCGAUGGCAGUAAAGAAUUUCUAUCAAUUCUUAAUGAUUUCCGUACUUCAUUACCAGAACGCCUACCCCAUAUUGAACCAAUAUCGAAUGCAGAGAGUCCUAUCCGCCAAGAAGUUUCAUUGAUAUCGACGCAAUACAAAGAUUUGUUACAUCGCGCAAAUGCACUUCAGGACCGUAUAUCCGGACUUAAUGGCUGUCAACGAGAAUUCCAAAAUGCUUUGAAUAAAGCAGACGAUUGGAUUCGAAAUAUGCAACCACAAGUUUCGCGGGUUUUAUCAGAACCGCUUUCUGCCGACACAAAAUCAGCAUCCGAUCAAAUGAAUAAAGCAAAAUCGCUUCACAAUGAUUUGUUAUCUAAUGGCCGUUUGAUAGAUGAUAUCGAUCAAACCUUAGAUGAUUUAGUAAAAAUCUUGGGUAGUCAACUGAGUCCAAACGAAGCGAAAAAAUUGGAAAAACCUGCUUUGGAAUUGAAAGGCAAAUACCAAAAAAUGCUUGACACACUCGGUGAACAUUGUAAAAUCCUCGACAAAACAUUAGUACAAUCUCAAGGAGUACAAGAUGCGCUUGAAAACCUGAUCACUUGGAUAAAUAAGGCCGAAGAUAAAUUCAAAGUGCAAUAUUGUCCCGCAUCUCUUAUGAAAGAGCGUUUGCAGGAGCAAAUGCGUGAACAUAAAGCACUCUAUGCCGAUGUAACCUCGCAUCAUGCAACAAUUGAUAGUGUGCAAGCUUCAGCAAAGCAUCUCAUGGAUUCUGCAUCUAAUCCACGUAUUGCUAAAAAUGUUGAAACUAAUUUAAAAGUAGUUUCUGAAAAAGUUGAGAAACUCACUGAAAAGUUGCGUAAGAGAGGAGAUUUUUUGGAAGAUGUUUAUAACAAUUUGCUAAAGUGUUUGGACGAAAUGGAAAGCACAGAACAGGAUUUACAUAAUUUACAAGAAAUGAUGGAUAAUAGGGAUGCAAAUAACUUGCCAAUAGAUAAAAUAUCAUCGCUCAUUGACGACCUAAUGGGGGCAAAAGAGAAAAAAGCCCCAGUAUACGAAAAAUGCGUUGAUAACUGUAAGGAUUUAAUUGGGCAACGUGAUGUUACUGAUACUAAUCCCUUACGUGAUCGAUUGAAAUCGCUAGAAAAUCUAUGGCGAAGUAUUAAUGUGACAUUGGAUGACAAAACCAAACUUUCUAAGCUGAAAGUCGAACAAAAAGUUCAAUAUGAAGAAUUGAAAGAGAAAGUAAUUUCUUGGUUGUCUGAAAUGGAAAGCGUCAUAAGUAAGAUGAGUCCUAUAGCUCUAGAUUUAAAAAAAAUUCGUGAACAACAUGAGGAACUUAAACCGCUUGUUUACAAAUAUAGGGACUAUAACGAUACAAUAGACAAAAUUAAUGAAAUUGGUGCUCAAUAUGAUGCACUUUUUAAUCCAGAAAGUCCAAAUCGUAAACGUAUGUCUUAUAGUCCAAUUAAGAGAGUGAGCCCCAUGCGUGCGGCACCUGGAGAUGCUAGAAGUCCAAGUCCUAUUAAGUUGGGAAUUUUAUCUCCACUUUCUACCACCUCUAGUGGAUUUGGAAGUCGCAGAUCCUCUCAAGACGGCUUCCAAAUUUCGGAAUUAUCCCCAGUUCAACAGCAAUUAAAAGAGAUUAAUAAUCGUUACAGUUUGAUUGGCGUUCGUUUAACAGAUCGACAGAAUGAAAUCGAUAAUUUGACUGAAGAAGUCCGAAAACAGUAUGAGAAUUUGAAAAAUUUGACUUCGUUUUUGGAUCGAAUUCAGCGUCAAGUUCCGAAAGAAUCUGCAUCAAAUAAAGAUGAAGCAGAGCAGUGUAUUCAACAAGCCAGAAAAGUUCUCGAAGAUAUGUACGAAAAGCAAAGCUUAUUAGAUACUACUAAGGUACAGAUCAAAGAUAUUCUUCGUCGAAAAUCUGAUGUUAUUGGUGCAGAUGAAUUAAGAUUAGAAAGUGAGAAUAUAAUUGAGAAAUGGAAAAGUUUAAGUGAAGCGUGCAAGCGGCGAAUAGAGCUUUCUGAGAGACUUCGUGACUUUUUAGAUAUACACAGCAAUUUAUCAAAUUGGUUGCAAAGUAAAGAAAGAAUACUCACUGUUUUGGGUCCUAUUUCUACGGAUUCAAGGAUGGUCCAGAGUCAAGUACAGCAAGUGCAAGUACUGCGAGAAGAAUUCCGUAUACAACAACCACAAUUGAACCAUUUUCAAGAAAUCGGCCAUGAUGUACUAAAUCGUAUAACAAAUGUUUCCGAUAUACAAAAUAUAAACAAAAAAUUGAAUGAUAUUAUAGACAAAUGGGAUGACAUAGUCGCACGCUUAGAUGAACGUGCCAACAACCUAGGCGGAGCUGCGGACAGUAGCAAAGAGUUUGAUGCAGCUAUAAAUAGAUUACGUGAGGCACUACAAAAUAUCAGUGAUAACUUAGAUGGAUUAUCUGAAGAUGGUGACAGUCACGAAAACUUACGUAAAAUUGAAAAUUUGGACAGACAAUUGGAGGGACAAAGAUCGUUACUUGCGGACGCUGAGCAAUCAGCUGUAUUACUUUGCAAUGUUCUUGGGGAUUCUGCUUCUCGAGCUGAUGUAAAUUCCAAAGUUGCUGCUUUAGAAAAACAAUAUCAGGCUUUACAAAGGAAAUUGGACACGAAAAAAGCAGAAACUGAAGCAGCAUUACGAGACAGCCGUCAUCUUUCGGAAAAUUGUACAAAAAUGCUAGGAUGGUUAUCCGGAGAACUGUCGGAUUUGUCUGAGAAACUCCUUUUAUCGGCGCAUAAACCAACUUUGCAGCAUCAAAUUGACGCUCAUGAACCUAUCUAUCGUGAAGUAAUGGCACGAGAACACGAAAUUAUAAUGCUUACAAACAAAGGAAAGGAAUUGAGUGAUCGCCAACAACAUCGAACUAUAAAACGUGAUCUGGAGCGAAUACAACAACUAUGGGAUAAACUUCGAAGAGAAGUAUCCGAUAGACAUUCUCGCCUUCAAACAUGUAUGGAACAUUGUAAGAAAUAUGCACAAACAUCGGAGGCAUUUUUAUCAUGGUUGCGAAUGGCAGAGGAUAAAUUAGCUACUUUAACGCCCGGAAAACUAUAUAAAUCCAACAUUGAAAAUCGCUUACGUGAUAUUCAAACUCUUCGAAGUGAAGUUUGGAAACAUUCGAAUGAAUACGAGACAACUAGGGGUUCCGGAGAAACCUUCAUCGGUUAUUGUGACAUUGACAAAGAUCCAAUAAAGUGCGAGUUACAAGAUAUAAAGGAUAGAUGGGAAAAACUUAACAAUGAUUUAGUUAAUAAAACGCAAGAUAUCGAGAAUUGUUCAAGGCGGUUAUCUGAUUUCAAUGAUCAGCUAAGAAAUUUGGAUAACGCUGUUAGUCGGUGUGAAGAUCGUCUAGCUGCGCAUGAUGCAUUAGGAGGUGCUGCAAAAGACCCAAAACUUCUGGAACGUGUAAAAGCUAUACGGGAUGAAUUAAUAAAAUUGGAAAACCCUCUAAGUGAAUUAAAAUGUAUGGCAAAGGCAAUAUCUCAAGAAUGUCAAGCAACUGGAGGCGAUGGCGAUCACUUAUGUAAUGAUGUCGAUAAUAUGUUUGAUCGUGUUUCCGAUUUAAAUGUUCGUCUUAGUGAUAGAUUUGAUGAAUUACAAUCAGCUGCUUCGACCAUCUCAAAAUUAAAUGACCAAAUUAAACACUUUUUGGUUGAUUUAAGCAAUUUGGAACAAGAGAUCGAAAACUUAGCGCCACCAGGCCGUGAAGUUAAAGUCGUGAAAUCACAGUUGGAAGAAAUAUCCAUAAUACGCUCAAAACUAGAGGAUAUGUAUAAUCUAGUAAACAAUAUGGAGCGUGAUUCUACUGCUCUUAUGGAUUCAGGAAUUUCCACGGAAAAUCAAAUUCCUGCUCAAAUAUCUUCAAUACGUAAUACACUAAAUCGUUUGGAUAACCAUUGCCGUAAUCGAGAACGUGAUUUACAGAGCACAUUGAAGUCUUUAUUAGACUUUAAUGAUGCAAAAGAACUAGUCCUGGAUGACUUAAGAAGCUUAAAAUUGGAAUUCAAUAACUUUAAACCAGUUAGUUCAGAAUUAGAUCAAAUUCGUCGCCAACAGGACGAUUUCCGUAAUUUUAGAAAUCUCAAAGUAGAAGCUCUUUCGCAGCAAAUUGUCAAAGUAAAUAAUAAUGGCAAUGAUCUUGUCAGGUCAGCUGGUAAUGGCGUUUCAACAGCAGUUAUAGAAAGAGAAUUAGAAUCUUUAAAUGAUACUUGGAAUAAUCUCAAAGAAUUAAUGAAUGAACGUGAAAGACGGUUGGACGUAGCUCUUUUACAAUCUGGUAGAUUUCAAGAAGCCUUAUUAGGCCUUUCGAAAUGGCUAGCAGACACGGAGGAAAUGGUGGCAAACCAAAAACCUCCCAGUUCGGACUAUAAAGUUGUAAAAGCACAGUUGCAAGAACAAAAGUUUUUGAAGAAAAUGUUAAUGGACAGGCAAAACUCUAUGUCUUCACUUUCCAUACUGGGCAUGGAAGUAUCUAAUGCAUGUGAAUCUUCAGAACGAGAUUCGAUUGAAAGUCAAUUAAAUGACCUUGUCAAACGUUUCGAUCGUCUUACAAAUGGAGCUGAACAACGAGAAAAUGAUUUGGAGGCCGCAAUGAACGUUGCCAAAGCUUUUCACGAUAAAGUUAUUCCUCUGGAGCUAUGGUUAGAUGGCAUAGAACGAUCCAUCAAAAACAUGGAGCUUGUUCCAACAGAUGAAGAAAAAAUUCAAAAUCGCAUCAAGGAACACAACGAAUUGCAUGCUGAAAUAUUAUCUAAAAAAUCGAAUUUUACGGAGUUAGCAGACAUUGCUGGGCAAUUAAUGCAAUUGGUUGGUGAAGACGAAGCUGUGCAAUUAGCAGAGAAAGUUCGAAAUAUAUCCGAUCGGUUUACUAACGCGGUUGAACAAAGCGAAAAUAUUGGUUCCUUGUUAGCUGAGUCCCGUCAAGGAUUAAGACAUUUAGUAAUAACAUAUCAAGAACUGGUUGCCUGGAUGGAAAGAAUGGAACAGGAAUUAUUACGUUUUAAACCUAUUGCUGUUUAUCCGGAAAAAUUAAUGGAGCAAAUGGAUUAUUUAGUAGAAUUGAAUGAAAAUAUUGCUAGUCAGGCACCCAACAUUGAAUCUACAGUUGAUUCAGGCUCCGAGUUAAUGAAACACAUUUCGAAUGACGAAGCUUUACAACUUAAAGAUAAACUAGACGCACUUCAGCGACGAUACGGAGAAUUGGCAACACGGGGAGGUGAACUCCUUAAAAAGACCAAGAAUGCUCUUCCAUUAGUGCAACAAUUUCAUGAUUCUCAUAAACGUUUGUUAGAUUGGAUGCAAAUAGCUGAAAGUGCCUUCACAGCAAGUGAAUUUAGUCAUGCAGAUUUGCUACGUCUAGAAACGGAAUUAGUUGAAAUGCGACCUGUUAUAGACAAUAUUAACUUGGUUGGACCUCAAUUAUGUCAACUAUCGCCUGGCGAAGGUUCAUCUUCCAUUGAAAAUAUUGUUACACGAGAUAAUAGACGCUUUGAUGCAAUAGUAGAGCAGAUUCAACGUAAAGCGGAACGUUUCCAUCUCAGUACUCAACGUGUAAAGGAAGUAACUGGAGAUAUUGAUGAAUUGUUGGAAUGGUUCCGCGAUAUGGACACAAGUCUUCGCGAAGCCGAUCCACCUGGCAUCGAGCCGGCAUUAGUGCGUUUUCAAUUACAAGAACAUCGAUCAAUUAAUGAUGACAUUUCAAGCCAAAAAGGUCGCGUUCGUGAUAUUGCCGCAUCAUCCAAAAAAAUUUUGAGAGAAUCUCCACAGAGCGAAUAUAUAUCUGCACUCCGAGAAAAACUAGAUGAUCUGAAAGAAAUCGUUGAUUCCGUUGCUCAAAUAUGUGGCGAACGUCUAGGAAUAUUAGAACAAGCGUUACCUUUGUCGGAACAUUUUGCUGAAUCUCAUACCGGCUUAUGCAGUUGGUUAGAUGAUAUGGAACAGCAAAUUUCGAGGUUCAGCAUGCCAGUAUUGCGGCCAGAUCAAAUAACAACACAACAGGAUAAAAAUGAACGACUUCUGCUUUCAAUUACUGAACAUAAACCUUUGCUUGAUAAGUUGAAUAAAACAGGCGAAGCCUUAGGAGUUCUUGUAUCUGAUGAUGACAAUGCUAAAAUAAAUGAUGUUCUUGAUUCCGAUAACGCUCGUUAUUCAGCACUUCGUCUUGAAUUACGUGAACGACAGCAAAUGCUGGAAAACGCUUUGCAAGAAUCAAGCCAGUUUUCAGAUAAAUUAGAAGGCAUGCUCCGAGCUUUAGCUAAUACCGUGGAUCAAGUUAAUCAACUAGAUCCACUGUCAGCGCUCCCACAAAAAAUAAGAGAGCAAAUCGAAGACAACGCGUCAUUAGCCGAUGAUUUGGAUAAACGUUCAGAUGCCUUUACGGCUGUUAAAAAAGCAGCUGAUGAAGUUAUUGCAAAAGCCGGUAAUAAAGCAGAUCCAGCUGUACGAGAUAUUAAGUCUAAACUCGAAAAAUUGAACAGCCUUUGGAAUGAUGUGCAAAAGGCCACGAAAAAUCGUGGCAGCUCACUUGACGAUAUCUUAAACGUGGCAGAACCUUUCUGGAAACAAUUAAAUGGUGUAAUGGGCACGCUUAAAGAUCUGGAAGAAACAUUAUCAUCACAAGAACCUCCUGCUGCCCAGCCACAGGAAAUUCAAAAACAACAAGUUGCCUUGCAGGAAGUUCGCUUUAAAAUUGAUAAAACUAAGCCAGAAGUGGAGCAAGUGCGCCGCAAUGGUAGCAAUUUGAUAAAUAUGUGUGGCGAACCCGAUAAACCAGAAGUUAAGAAACAUAUCGAGGACUUAGAUAACGCAUGGGAUAAUAUAACAGCUCUAUAUGCAAAACGUGAAGAAAAUUUAAUUGAUGCAAUGGAAAAAGCAAUGGAGUUCCACGAAACUUUGCAAAAUCUAGAAAAGUUUUUGAAUAAAGCAGAACGUAAUUUUGAACGGCUUGGACCAGUAGGGUCUGACAUUGAUGCAGUGAAGAAGCAAAUUGAGCAACUUAAGGAAUUUAAAAACGAUGUUGAUCCGCAUAUGUUGGAGGUAGAAGCAUUAAAUAGGCAAGCCGUAGAAUUAACAGAUCGUACAUCUAUUGAACAAGCUGCAUCGAUUAGAAAACCAUUGUCAAUUGCUAAUCAACGUUGGGAAACCUUACUGCGCAGUAUGGUAGAUCGUCAAAAACAAUUAGAACACGCUCUUUUACAUCUAGGACAAUUUCAACAUGCCCUUAACGAAUUACUUGUAUGGAUUGAUAAGACGGAUGUCACCUUGGAUCAAUUGAAACCAAUACCAGGUGAUCCACAACUUUUGGAGGUAGAGUUAGCCAAACUAAAAGUAAUUGCGAAUGACAUUCAAGCUCAUCAGAACUCCGUGGACACUCUAAAUGAUGCCGGAAGGCAGCUUAUUGAAACUGAGAAGGGAACAUUGGAAGCUUCCACCACACAAGAGAAAUUACGAAAAUUAAACUCCAAGUGGAAAAUGUUGAUACAAAAGGCAUCUGAUCGUCAACAUGAGCUUGAAGAAUCUCUACAUGAAGCACAAGAAUAUAUUGCGGAAGUUCAAGAUAUUCUUGGAUGGCUUGGUGAUGUGGAUGCUGUUAUAAGUGCAAGUAAGCCAGUUGGAGGCUUGCCCGAAACUGCAACUGAGCAGCUAGAACGGUUUAUGGAAGUUUACAAUGAACUAGAAGAAAAUCGUCCCAAAGUUGAGGCUAUUCAAGUUCAAGGUCAAGAAUAUAUCAAACGACAGAAUCAAAUUAAAGUACCUUCAAGUAAUCUACAACAUACGCUUCGUACAUUAAAACAACGAUGGGACGCAAUAAUUUCUCGGGCUUCUGACAAGAAGAUCAAAUUGGAAAUCGCAUUAAAAGAAGCUACUGAGUUCCAUGACACCCUUCAAGCAUUUGUUGAUUGGUUAGACCAAGCUGAGAAUCAUUUAUCAAAUGCACCGCCUGUGUCACGAGUUUUACGAACAAUCCAAGAUCAAAUGGAAGAACAUAAAAUUUUACAGAAAGAUGUUAGCACUCACCGUGAAGCAAUGCUAUUACUUGAUAAAAAAGGAACACAUUUGAAAUAUUUCAGCCAAAAGCAGGACGUAAUUUUAAUAAAGAAUCUCCUAGUUUCCGUUCAGCAUCGUUGGGAGCGUAUCGUAAGCAAAACUUCUGAACGUACUCGUGCCUUAGACCACGGUUAUAAAGAAGCAAGAGAAUACAAUGACUCUUGGAAUAGCAUUAUGCAUUAUCUUAAUGAUACAGAUAAAAUGCUAGAUCAAAUAAUUGAAGAAGCAUCGAAAUCAAAGGAACCUCUCAAAAUAAAAAAACUUAUUGCCAGGUUGAAAGAUACACACCGACAACUAGCAACAAAACAAACAAUUUACGAUACUACAAUGCGUUCAGGCAAAAGUCUUCUAGAAAGAGCUCCAAAGAGCGAUGAAACAACACUCGUUAAAAUGCUGUCAGAACUAAAGGAAAAAUGGUCAACGGUGUGGUCUAAAAGCAUUGAACGUCAACGUAAAAUGGAGGAAGCGUUACUUUUGUCCGGUCAAUUUUCUGAUGCGCUUAGUGAAUUACUUGAUUGGUUGAAAAAAGCCAAACAUCGCUUGAAUGAAAACAUUUUGGUGCAUGGAGACCUAGAAACUGUGCAAGGAUUAAUAGAACAUCAUAAGCAUAUCGAACAUGAUUUACAAAAACGAUCAGCUCAGAUGCAAGGUGUACUGAGAACCGGCAAAGAAUUAGAAAAAUCUAGUGAUAACGUCCAAGUAGAACAACAACUAAAUGACCUUCAAAUACUUUGGAAUGAAGUAAAAGAAGCAGCAAAUAAACGAAACGAUUGCUUACGCGAGGCACUGAAAGAUGCUGAAAAAUUGAAUAAAGAAAUACAUUCACUGUUUGAUUGGUUAGAUCAUGCGGAGCAAAAGUUACGUUAUGCCAAGAAUGCUCCAGAUGACGAAAAGAUAACACGAGAAAUGAUCACGAUGCAUACUGAGUUUAUAAAAGAUUUGCAAAAUCGUGAGAUACAGAAGACCCAAACAUUCCAGUUUGCUGAAGAAAUUAUAAACAAAGCUUACCCAGAUUCCAUCCCAAUAAUAAAAAAUUGGCUGUCAAUAAUCCAAAUGCGUUGGGAUGAAGUGCUACAAUGGUCUAUUAAUCGAGAAACUAAAUUAAAUCAUCAUUUACAAUCACUUAAGGACUUGGAUGAUAUUAUCGAAGAACUUUUGGCUUGGCUUAAUGGAUUAGAGGCGACACUAUUAAAUUUGGAAAAAGAAGCUUUGCCGGAUGACAUUACAGAAUUGGAAAAACUCAUUGAAGACCAUAAAGAGUUUAUGGAAAAUACUGCACGACGACAAGUAGAAGUGGACCGGGCAUGUAAACCUAAACAACCACCUUCAACUUCACGCAGAAGCAUGUCACGAGUAUCUAAAACGCCAAUUCAUGAAUUAGGAGAGAAAUUCCCUGAUGGUAAUUUACGAAGACAAAGUUUCAAAGGCUCUCGAGACCAGGGGCUUAAUUCUCGUCGACUUAAUCGCUUAACUCCUAGUCGUGAUACGCCAGACCGAGAUCGCUUACCACAUUACGGCCCCCGAUUUUCACCAAGCGUGAGUUCGGUUGCACAAGACAUAGAAUUUCGGUCACCCCGCGCCAGUUUAUUGUGGGAUAAAUGGCGUUAUGUUUGGAUGUUGUCAUGGGAACGUCAGCGGCGCCUUCAUGAGCAUAUGAUGUAUUUGAAGGACAUGGAACGAGUACGAAACUUUAGUUGGGAUGAUUGGAGAAAGAGAUUCCUUAAAUACAUGAACCACAAAAAAUCACGUUUGACGGAUCUGUUCCGUAAAAUGGAUAAAGACAACAACGGUCUCAUCCCGCGUAGUGAAUUCAUGGAUGGCAUAUUAAACACAAAAUUCGAUACAUCCCGCAUGGAAAUGAGUGCUGUAGCAGAUUUGUUCGAUCGUAAUGGGGAAGGUCUAAUUGAUUGGCAAGAGUUUAUUGCUGCUUUAAGACCCGACUGGCAAGAGCGCAAGCCUGCGACAGAUUCAGAUAAAAUACACGACGAAGUGAAACGGCUAGUUAUGCUUUGUACUUGCAGGCAAAAAUUCCGUGUAUUCCAAGUAGGAGAAGGCAAAUAUAGAUUUGGGGAUUCACAAAAGCUGCGUUUAGUUAGAAUUUUGCGCAGUACUGUUAUGGUACGCGUCGGCGGAGGUUGGGUUGCCCUUGAUGAAUUUUUGCAAAAGAAUGAUCCUUGUAGAGCCGAUGAGCAUUUGGCAGAAUUAAUGCCAAUAUUCGAACGCAUACGUACUCAAGAGCAAGUUCCAUGUGCUUUUCCCAUUCAUAUGGGUUCAGGAGGUACAGUAUUUGUACGUUGUAAUAAUAGUCGAACUUUACCAUUAAACCCACAUGUACUACACUGUCAUCCCACUACACACUGGGUGCGCGAACGGUCAGUACGUUCUAUACCAAUGUCACGCCCAACCCGAUCCUCACAAUCUGCUUCUACUCCCGAUUCCCUAAGCGAUAAUGAAUUUGGUCAAACUGGAACAUCAGGUCGGUACACUCCUCGAAAAGUUACGUAUACCAGUACUCGUGGUGUUGUAACUCCGUCAGGAUCUAGAUCAGGCUCUAAACCUAAUUCGCGUCCUUUAAGCCGACAAGGUUCUAAACCACCUUCCAGACAUGGAUCGAAUCUAUCACUGGAUAGCACAGAUGAAACUCCGCCAUCACGCAUCCCACAGCGAAAAUCUUUGACCAUGGGAACCGGUCCCACAUCGCGGCCAGCCCGCUUAUCGGUGACAUCAGCAACCGUGUCUGAUGUAGGUACGUCUGGAAGGAAAACAGUGUCGGGAUCAGCCAGUCCGGCACAGUCAAGCAAUGGUGGUAUGAGUAGAGCAUCCAGCAUUCCACGAUUAAGCAGCUAUGGCUCUAGAAAAAAUACUAGUGGGAACACAACGCCUUCUGGUGCGCGUACACCUCGCAAAGGCUCCGGGGAUCCAACCAUAAGUUCGACUAUGAGAUCGCAAAUGCAACGAGGAACCACACCAGUUAGUAAACGGGAACCAUUUCGCCUUUAAAAUUAUUUAAACCAAUUAUGCGAUUUCAAAGGAGUUAAUGGGUGCCGCUUUUCAUUUUUAUCUACUCAAUCAAUAAUUAAGAUAAAAUUGAACGCUUAAAAGACAACGAAAACUUUAUAAUAGUAUCCUUACCCAACUAAUAUUGUUAUCGAUUACUUUACUAAUUUAUUUUGUUUUAUUUUUCGAAAGUUAUUAGAUUUUGGAACAUUUAAGCUUACAUCGAAUGUUUAUGGUUCCAUAAUGCUUGAUUGUAUACAUAUAUAAUAUACUAUUUGAAAUUUAAUAACCAAUCCAGUUAAAAGUCAUAUAACUAAGUUCCAAAUAUGUUUUAAGUGUAAAAACAAAUAUAUAUAUACCGAAUUAUGUAAAUUUAAUACAUAACUAAUAUUUUAAUAAUAAUUUUAUUAACACUUUUGUAUUUUAAUUUGUUUAAAUAAAAAAUGUAUUUGCGCAACUUUUUA